GCAAUAAGAGAAUAAAGUUACAGUCUGAAGCUUGUCUUCCCCUCUGACUCCUGUGUCUCCUCUCCUUCAGCACGAUGCUGCUCCCCAGAGUUCCCUGCGUGGCCGCUGUGAUCCUGAUGCUGACAGUGCUGAGUCCUCCCGUGGCGUUGGUCAGAGACCCCAGACCACGGUAUUUGGAACAAGCUAAAUCUGAGUGUCAUUUCCACAACGGGACGCAGCGCGUGCAGCUUCUGGAGAGAUACAUCCACAACCAGGAGGAGUUCGUGCGCUUCGACAGCGACGUGGGCGAGUUCCGCGCGGUGACCGAGCUGGGGCGGGGCAUAGCCGAGUACUACAACAGCCAGAAGGACUUCAUGGAGCAGAAGCGGGCCGAGGUGGACACGGUGUGCAGACACAACUACGAGAUCUUUGAUCGCUUCCUAGUGCCGCGGAAAGCUGAGCCCAUGGUGACUGUGUACCCCACAAAGACGCAGCCCCUGGAACACCACAACCUCCUGGUCUGCUCUGUGAGUGACUUCUACCCUGGCAGCAUUGAAGUCAGAUGGUUCCGGAAUGGCGAGGAGGAGAAGAAUGGCAUCGUGUCCACAGGCCUGAUCCAAAAUGGAGACUGGACCUUCCAGACGCUGGUGAUGCUGGAGGCGGUUCCUCAGGGUGGAGAGGUUUACACCUGCCAGGUGGAGCAUCCCAGCCUGACCAGCCCUGUCACAGUGGAGUGGAAGGCGCAGUCCACAUCUGCACAGAACAAGAUGCUGAGUGGAGUCGGGGGCUUCGUGCUGGGUCUGCUCUUCCUCGGAGCGGGGCUGUUCAUCUACUUCAGGAACCAGAAAGGACAGUCUGGACUGCAGCCAACAGGACUCCUGAGCUGAGGUGACGUGACCAGGCUGAAGGAAGGAGUUCUCCCCUGUCUCCAUGUCAUGAACACAUGUCCUGCUUGGCCCACAUUCCUCCAGAGACAGUGCUCUCCCAGGACCUGGCUCCUCCUGAUUCUCCACCCUGGAGAUCUGUGCUCCUGAUGGCUGCUUAGCACCUGGCCAGGCCUUGCACCCCUGGGAGCAGAAAGAAGGUCCCCUCCUCACCUCCCCUGCCCCCUUUUGACCUUUGCCCUUGUCUGGCACUUCUGAGCCAGUCUGCUGUCAUAUGCUUUCUUACAUUUUUCUCAAAUAAACAAUGAAAGUGA